AUGAGCCCAGUAAGCGACGUCGCCGACGGCGACACGGGCGACCUCUUCGCCGACCCGGAGGACUACUACCCGCCCACCCCGCCACCCACCUCCCAAACCCACACCCUCGCCUCGGGCCGCGUCCUGACCCUCCACCUCGUCGGCUACUCGCCCACCGAAGCGCACCACCUCUGGAACGGAAGCCGCGUCGUCUCGGACUACUUUGAGGCGGACCCGUCGCGUGUAAAGGGCAAGACGGUGCUGGAGCUCGGCGCGGGAGCUGGGUUGCCGAGUUUGACGGCCGGUAUCUUGGGCGCGAAGCGCGUCGUCGUUUCGGAUUUCCCGGACGCGGAUAUCGUCAUGACGAUGCAGAAGAACGUGGACGAGGCGGGGGAUCUGGAGGGGGUUGUGGUGCCCAAGGGGUAUGUUUGGGGCGCGGACGUGAAGCCUUUGUUGGCGGAGAUUGCUUCUUCUUCUUCUUCUUCUUCAGCCGAGGGGGAAGAGAAGAAGGAAGAAAAGAAGUUUGACGUGCUGGUGUUGGCGGAUCUGCUUUUCCGGCACUCUGAGCACGGGAAGCUUGCCGACACGAUCUGGGAGGCGCUGGCGAGGAAAGAAGGCAGCGUGGCGUAUGUGUUCUUCACGUCGUACCGGCCGUGGCUGAGGCACAAGGAUCUGGCCUUUUUCGAUGUCGUGUUUGAGAAGAAGAUGGAGAAGCCGCUGUUUGAUGGGGACCCGGGCGAUUUGGAGAUUCAGAAGACGGUGAGCGGGUUUGAGGUGCGGUGGCCAAAGGAGCUGCUGGAGGAGAGUAAGGCGUGA